AUGGCUCCCUCGGCAACGAGCGAGCAGCCAGCCGGUGCGCAGCCCCCGGAGAAUACGUACACUCCAGCCAAGAUAUACAACGUCAAGGAGACGCGCUUCGAGAAGUUUGUCGCCCCAGACAGCAAAGGUCGCAAGAAGGCCCUCGAGCAGAAUGGCAACGCAGCGAUUGUCAUCGACAAUGGAUCAUCCGCUGUUCGUGCUGGUUGGUCGUUUGAAGAUGCGCCGCGCUUCAGUAUGCCUCCGAUUAUGGCUAAAUACCGCGAUCGCAAGAUUGGCAAGACGUUUUCUUUUGCUGGCGCCGACUGCUUCGCCGAUACGACUGCCAGGGGCCAUAUCCGCAACGCCUUUGAACAAGGAACUGGGGUCGUCAGCAACUGGGACGUCAUGGAGCAUGUACUUGACUAUAUUUUCCUCAAGCUUGGCAUGAACGACUCGGACGGUGGCGUUGAUGUGCCCAUUGUCAUGACCGAAGCCGUCGCUAACCUUCCAUACUCGCGGAAAUCAAUGACGGAAAUUAUUUUCGAAUGCUAUAAUGCGCCUUCGCUAGCCUACGGCAUCGACUCCCUCUUCUCGUACCGACACAACCAAGGCAAGACUGGGCUUGUGGUGUCGUCAUCUUACACCUCUACACAUAUUAUACCCGUUUACAACUCAAAAGGUUUGCUUGGCCAGGCUACGCGACUAAAUUGGGGGGGGUACCAUUGCUCCGAAUACCUUCUCAAGUUGAUCCGUCUCAAAUACCCUGCCUUUACUGCCAAGCUUAAUGUUUCUCAGGCAGAGCAUAUGCUUCAGGAUCAUUGUUACGUCUCGGAGUCAUACGAUAGCGAGAUCAAGGGUUACUUGGACUGGACCGGCCUCGACGACCGCGAUAUCGUCAUUCAGUACCCGUUCACAGAGGAGAUUGUCGUGCAAAAGACGGAAGAGGAACUGGCACGCAUAGCGGAGCGCAAGAAGGAGAGCGGCCGUCGUUUGCAGGAGCAAGCCGCCAAGAUGCGGUUAGAAAAGCUCAUGAAGAAGGAGCAAGAUCUGGAGUACUACAAGACUCUUCACGAGCAGAUCACAAACGAAACCAAGAAGGAGACGAGACGUCUUUUGGAUAGCAACGAGAUUAAGGAUGAAGCGCAGCUCGAAAAGAUGAUCAAGGAACUGGACAAGGCCAUCCGGAAAGCCAGAAUUAAGGAUGUCGGUGGCGACCCGGAGGAGGAGGAGGAAGCGCCUAACUUUGACCUGCUUGACAUCCCGGACGACCAGCUGGACGAGGCGCGUCUCAAGCAAAAGCGGCAGCAGCGGCUGCUUAAGUCCAACCACGACGCGCGAGCACGCGCCAAGGCCGAAAAGGAAGCCGAAAAGGCGCGCGUCGAGGAGGAGGAGCGUUUGGACACGGACCGGCGCACCAACGACCUGGAGGGGUGGCUGGACGAGAAGCGGCAGGCGCGGCUAGCCACGCUACAGAAGAUCAAGGAACGGGACCGCCUCAAGCAGGACCUGGGCAAUCGCAAAUCGCUGGCGUCGCAGAUUCGCAUGAAGAGCAUCGCCAAUCUGGCCUCGGACCAGCCGACCAAGAAACGUCGGCGCGCGGGUGGCGGCGACGACGACAACUUUGGUGCCGACGACGACGACUGGGGCGUAUACCGCCAAAUCACCGUCGGCGACAACAGCGACGACGAGCACGAGGAGGAGGACCUGUCGGCACGCCUGCGCGGCCUCGAGCAGGAGCUGCUCCGCUACGACCCCGACUUUUCGUACGAGAACACGCAAGAGGCCCAGUUGGACUGGUCCCGCUCGCUGCUGCACGCCUUUACGCGCGGGCCUCGGCCUGUCAACGGCGGCUCCCAGGCCGAGCUCUACCAGGUGCACCUCAACGUCGAGCGCAUCCGCGUGCCCGAGGUCGUCUUUCGGCCGUCCAUUGCCGGCGUCGACCAGUCGGGCGUCGUCGAGAGCGCCGGCGACGUGCUCACCCAGCGCCUCCCCGGCGUCGUCGGCGGCGGCAGCGUCGACGACUUUCUCAAAGACGUCUUCCUCACUGGCGGCAACACGCUCUUCCGCAACUUUGACCAGCGCAUGCGCGAUGGGCUCCGCGCUCUGCUGCCGGCGGAGGCGCCCCUGCGUGUCCGCCGCGCCAAGGACCCGGUGCUUGACGCGUGGCGCGGCGCGGCCGGGUGGACGGGCUCGGCCGGCUGGAAGCAGGCGACGGUGUCGCGCGCAGAGUAUCUCGAAAAGGGCGCCGAUUACAUCAAGGAGCACGACAUGGGCAAUUCGUAUGCUUGA